AUGAUGCGAUCAAACUCUGACCGGAAGUGGAAGCAAGUAUUAGGGUUCGACGACGGUUCAUUCUCGGGACCUCCCCAAUACUCAGACAUGCCAGAAGUCGUCUCGGAGCCUGUCCUCGCGACAAUUCCUUCAUAUCCUCGACUACCAAGAGAUAUAACAUUUUAUCGAAAGAAAAACGAUGUUGUCCUAGCUCCUUCUCCUCCAGCUCCUUCACCAAAUGAUAUAAAGCCACUCCCCUCACCACCGCAUCUCUUCUAUAUAUCAAUCCAGGAAGAUGCCUCUCCAAUUACUUUUACUCGACAGCCGGACAUCCUUCUCCACACCGGACCUAGCAAAGCAUCCCCGAUUCUUUCCUACGUCGAAUUCCAAAACCCCUCGAUGAAAGCCGACAUGACCAUGUGUCCAAGCGGCUCCAAAUAUACCUCCAACUACCGCUCGCUGUCAUCAUUCUCGAGUCACCAGUCUAUAUCAUCGGACUCUUCGAGCCCAGAUUCCCCGAAGCCCAGGACCGAAAGACUAUCCCCCGCAGGCGGGAUGUUCUCGGCGGAGAAAUUCUGCUUCUCGUAUACCCUUCCCCGGAGCUUCGUGCGUGAAAGAUUCGAGUGGAGGUAUUCUUCGGGGCCAUUCAUCCGCACUUCAGAAGGGACGAAAGAGAGCGGAGGCCUGAAGCUGGUACGAGUUACAACUGGUGAAACCGUAGCGGUAUAUGCGGGCUUCGGAGGCUCUGCUAAACCGCCGACCUCCAGACGCGUGCUUGGGAUGUUUAGGUUCCUAUCGGGCACUGGACUAGCAAACUUGGGAGAGGAAUUUGACGUCCUUGCUGUGAUGUCGAUUCUCACCGUCGUGGAGAGGUCGAGGCGGUCGUUGGAUGUACAAAAGGCGGCUUUUGGGAUUCGGUAA